UUUUCUUCCCCUCAUUCAUUCACACUUGCUUCAACCUUUUCCUUGCUAUUCCUUAUUUUCAUUUCUCUCUCACAAAAACAAAAAUAAUCAAAACUGAAUGUAUAAUAUGGAGAAGGAUAAGUUGUGUAGGAGACAUCACAAGAACCCUUCAUUUUCAUCUUCGCUUCUUGAUGAAAUCUACCGUUCCAUUGAUGGUUAUGAUCAGAGAAGAGAAGAUUUCAAAUCAGAAACAAGAAAACAGAGCAAUAUCGGAGUGAAACCGAAAGGCGUUGUUAAUAUUUACAACAAGAAGAAGAGUGUAGAAGAUGAGGAGAUGGCUAGUUUUCGAAGGGCUUGUUUGAUUGAGAAAUGGAUGGAGAAAAAAGUGAAAGAUAAAACACGAAGAGGUCCGUGUAAUGAAUUGGAUAGUAUUAAUUAUGAUUCACUCUUUUUCAGUUCAACUUCAUCUGAAUCUAAUUCUGGUACUCUCUCUGCAUCUUCAUCUGAACCCGACUCUUUUUACUCAUCAUCUUCUUCUUCUUCAACAACUUGUUUUGCUGCAUCGAAAACAAGAUCAAUUAGGAGAGCUAGUGUUUCACCGCGUAGAGGUACUAAACUCUAUUCAUUUGACAAUCAACAAUUGCAAGCAAAUAAAAAUGAAGAGGCCAAUUUUAUAAAGUCGAAAUCAACUGCUUUGAAAAUGUACAACAAUUUGAAGAAAGUGAAACAGCCUAUUUCACCAGGGGGUCGUCUUACUAAUUUUCUCACUUCCAUUUUCAACAACAAAUCCAAGAAUUUGAAGGAUCCAAACAGAGGAGAUUCUCAUGAAGUAGAGGAGAGGAGUUCAAAAUCUUCUUCAAUUUGUUCAUCAUUUUCAAGAUCCUGUUUAAGUAAAACCCCACCAAAAUUCUCUCAAACUACUGUCAAAAGGACAGUCAGAUUUAACCCUGUCAGUGUUAUUGUUGAUGAAGAUUGUCGUCCUUGUGGUCAUAAAUCCAUAGAUGACCAUGAUUCAGACAAUCUCCGUCAGCCCAAAUCCCAAGGAAAUGCAGAGAAGAACAGGAAAUUUGAAGUGACAAAAGUUGAUUCGUAUAAGAAUGAUUACAUUGUUGAUUACGCAGACGAAGAAGAAGAUGAUGAUGAUGCAGCAAGUUGUUCAAGUUCAGAUUUGUUUGAAAUUGAUCAUUUAGCAUUUUUCGGUAACAAAAGAUUUUGUGAUGAACUGCCUGUCUAUGAAACCACACAUGUUGAUACCAAUAGAGGAAUCGCAAGUGGUUUCAUUCAUUAGUUAAGCCUUUGAUAAAUUUUAUUUAGUAAGAAAGGUAUUUGAAUCUUCAUGAUAAUAUAAAUUGAUUAAUUUUUCCAAUAAAUCCACUUUUAUUA